AGUCGUCAAUCAGUCAAAACAUUCGAUAUUACAGCCAUCGUAGCGGAGUAUAGCAGAAAAGUGCUUUUGUUUUGACCGACCAUGGUUUAAACGACGUAAAUAUGAUGUAAUUCCUUAAAUUUUACCGGUAACAAGUUCUUAUUAACGUGCCCAAAGAUGUCACUGACUUUGUUGAGAAAUGUGUGCCGGCAACAGCACCACAUCCAGAAGCAAACGACUCUGGUUUACUAUCGUUUUUGUCAUCAACAGGAACAGAAAAGGAACGAUGGAAAAGUACAACAACCGCAGAUUGAAAAAGAAAAGCUGGCAGUCAAAUACAGCCGAGAGAACGUAAAGCGAAAUGUCCAGGGCUACGUGUUUUCCCGAUUUUUCGACUACGUUAAGAAUUAUGACAAAGUCCUGGAGAAAAAGUUUCCUUCAGCGAUGCACGUUUAUCGUGUGUUUCUGGUUGGCGUGAAAGAAUUCUUCAACGACAUGAAAAAGCUAGUCAAGAUCACCAAGAUUGUGUACUUUCAUAACAACGACCUGCGUUGUUUAACCCGGAAGGAAAUCGAGCUGUACUAUCAGAUGCCCCGGGACAUGAAGAAAGUUGCUCCAGUACUGCUGGUUUCUGCGCUGCCGUUUGCCAACUACGUCGUAUUUCCAUUAGCAUACAUGUAUCCGCGUACUUUUUUGACUCCUCAUUUCUGGUCAAUACAACAAAAAGUGGAUUUCGCUCAACUAGAUUUGAAGCAACGGUUACAAUAUAAUCGACGAGUUUUCCGCUGCAUGCAGGCGAAGUUAGAAGUUUUAAGGAAAAACAAUGAUCCAUUGUACGAACAAUUCAGUAACAUCCUUGGGCUUCUCGGCAGUGGUUUACAUCCAACUUCAAAAGACAUUCUUGACGUUAAGGAUCUUUUUUCAAGACCCCCCUUUCAUUUGAGAUGCCUGUCUUCAGUACAUUUGAAAUACUUGUGCAAACUCCAUGAUCUGAACGCGGGACUGAUGCGAAGAUACCGCUUAUCCGAACGCUCGUACAUCAUACACCACAUGGACUUGGCAAUAAAACGGGAAGGCGGUGUACACAACAUGCCAAUAGAGUCAUUAAAGCAUGCGUGCUUCAUGCGAGGCCUCAAUGCAAUAAACCUGAGCACAGAAAAUAUGAUCGACUGGCUAAACGAAUGGGUUAAAGUGUCCUUAAUCAUCGACCAAGACAACAUUAGCCUGUUUCUGCAUCUUCCGAUCCUGCUCUCAUACAACCACCCGAACAAUUGGAUACUCAACCAUUAGCACGGAAUAAUAGAUAUGAUUCUGUUUAUACAGAGGUUCCUUAUCGAUUAAAUAUUGUUGUGUUUUAUUUUAUUUUAAAAAAUAACAUAAUUUGGUUAGAAUUAUAAAAUGAUUCAUUUUUCGAUACUACAUAUAUCAAA